CUUCACUUUCAGGUCCAAGCUCCUGCCCUAUAUGAUGCUCCCCUUGUUCCUGCUCCUCUUUGUGGGGCUCCCACUUGUGGAAUCCCAUUUUACCAACGUGACCAAAGCCGUUCCAGCUGCUUGGACCUUCAACGUGCAGUGCCAUGAAUGUGUGGCUGAAAACACGUUUGAUUGCCCGAGGCUCAGGACGUGCUUAUACGACCAUAGACGCUGUAUGACCGUAGCUGCACCUUCAGGUGCCUUUCUGUUUCCCGAGCUGGGUGUAAAGACCUCCAGACUGCCCCGUCUUCACUGGACCAAGUGCCCUCACGCUGUGGUGAUGUGCUGAGUUGGGACAGCAGGAGGCUGAGAAUCUGGCUUUGUCACCGUGGUGGGCCACUGGUGGGGACCUUGAUGGGUUAUGUGUUGUCAUUUCUCAACUAUUGUUGCAAGUGAGACUGGCUGAUGUUUUCUGAGGAUCUGCAUCCCGGUGUGGCUGCAUUAGAGCUGGCAAAGGGAGAAACCUGAAUGACAUUUGUAAGGGUGGAGUGAAGCAGGGACCAGUAGUCUGCGCAGGCAUGGUGGCCUUCUACAGCGCUUGACCUGGUUUGAGUCAACUUCCUGUCAUUGUAGCCUAUACCUCACAUAAUCAUAAGGACGCAGGUUUGUUUGGGUUCACAGGUUUAUAGGUUUCAGUCCAUGACUGGUUGAGCCUGGGGCUGAGCCUCAUGGAGC